AUGCGAACACUGAAGAGAUGGCAGAUCCGAGGCCGAAUGUUCAACAUGCUGAACAGCUUUAUGUCGAAACGAACCUUCCAAGUCUACGCCGGAGGGUAUGUCUCUCGUCUGUUUGAGUUGGAGAAUGGUGUACCCCAAGGAUCAGUACUAUCGGUUACGCUGUUCCUAGUAGCGAUCCAACCAGUUUUUCGAGUAGUAUCAAAUAACGUGAAAAUUCUAGUUUAUGCAGACGAUAUCCUUCUCAUAGUGCGAGGAGCGAAAGGACAGCCGUUAUAUCGAAAACUACAAAAAGCGGUUAAGGCCGUGAACAAAUGGGCAACAAGUGUUGGAUUCUGCAUCUCCGCUGCUAAGUCCACUAUCUUCUAUCGUAGCCCUAAUCUUCGUCGUGAGCCAACUGGAAACAUUUGCAUCGACCGCCAAGCAAUCCCGAAGACAACGAAAUUAAAAAUUCUAGGUGUGGUCCUCGACCGUACACUGAAUUUUAAAGCCCACUGCAAACAGGUUAAGGAAUCCUGCGAAUCGAGACUGCGGAUCCUGAAAAUUAUCGGAGGUAGAUUACCCCGAGGCGAACGUACCUCGUUGCUACGAAUCGGUUCAGCAAUCAUUACAUCACGACUCAUCUACGGGGUGGGGCUUAUAAGUAGAGGAGGGGAAACUGUAGUACAAGUGCUAGCCCCACUGUACAAUCGCAUGGUUCGAUUCGCCUCAGGAGCAUUUGUUACCAGUCCGAUUGCGUCUAUCAUGGCCGAAGUCGGAGUUUUACCUUUCGAACUAGUCUUCCUUCAGUCAAUCACACGUCUUGCUAUUCGACUGCUGGAGAAGAGUCACGAAAAUGAAAGUCUCCCACUGGUUCAGCGGGUCUCACAGCGACUUGAGGAGGAAAUAGGGAUGCGGCUUCCGAAGAUCAAUGUUCGCUUGAACCUAACCAGCCGAAAGUGGUUUGAGCCUAAACCCCAUGUAACGUGGAAUGUAAAAAAACGAGUAAAAGCUGGUGAUCCCCCAAACAUAGUACGUCCCGUGGUCCAGCAACUAUUGAUGGAGCAGUUUCCUCACUACCAAGUAAUUUAUACGGAUGGAUCAAAAAGUUGUGACACGGUAGGAGCAAGCGUUUUCAGUGAAGGCUGGCAGAAGUCUGUGGGCCUCCCAUCGCAAUGCAGUGUCUUCUCUGCGGAGGCUUUCGCGCUAAAGACAGCAGUAGCCAACCCAAUACCGCCAAAUGGGUCUCUUAUCUUAUCAGACUCGGCCAGCUGUUUGUUGGCAAUUGAAGCUGGAUCAUCUAAGCACCCGUGGAUUCAAGAGAUCGAGUACCUUGUGCGAUACAAACCGGUCAUAUUCUGCUGGAUCCCCGGUCAUGCAGAACUGCAGAGCCACGAGUGCUUCGAAGCGAGAUUGUUUCGGAAGAAUGACAAUCCGCAUCUGUCAGACAACUUCUCGAUGGCAGUUAAGCGAAUGCAGAGUCUGGAGCGAAACCUGCCAACGAAUCUAGAGAUGCGACAGAACCCAGUAGUGGUUCCCCUUAUUAUGGGACGCUGUGACAUCCGUUCAAGAUCCGGUCAACUCGAACUGGAAUCGGAAUCGACACCAUCGAUCUCGACUAGGAUUGCUGGUACGUAG